AUGGAUCAAGACUUUUAUGGCCCAAUUAUUGAACAAGAAGUCUUACUUUCGGAAGGAGGUCAAGCUUCUGGAAGUUCCUUUGAAGCCCCCGAGCUAGAUAUUUCAAAAGGCAAGAGCAGGUUGCCUGAGUCUGAGUUUGUAGAUGUCACUCUGCUUCAUAACAGAGUUUUUGAUUUGGAACAGAGUUCAGCUGAAAAGGAUUUGAUUAUUGGAAAGCAGGACAUUAGAAUCAGUGAUCUUGAAAAGGAGAACUCCAUUAAAGAUGCAAAGAUUUCAGAACUUAAAGCAAAUCUUGGUGGUCUAACUACUUUAUUCUUUAACCUGAAACAGCGCUUGCAUCAAAAGUUUGGUGAUGAUUUUCAACCUUUAAGCGUUGAAGGAGAAAAGAUUUUUGCUUCUAUUUCUGGUCUAGUCAAUCCAACUUCUCAACCUGCAAGUGAAAGAGUUGUAAGACCUGCUCUGGAAGAAAAAUCUUGA